GGUUUAAUCUGACAUCCCGAUUUUGCAGUGGUGUAGUAGAAGUGUGCAUCCAUCGAGACAUGUGCGUUCUCUGGUCAGUCUCAGUGAUGCUUGCUCCUUGGUCGCGCGAGGGUGAACUUUGCAAUUGUCGCUUGCACGACCGCGCAGCCGCGCCGCAAUAGUACUAAGAGGAUCGAAGUUGACGGUGGUAUGGGCCCAGCCAUCGCCUGCGGACGGGUUAGCCGUGGCCACUGUUUGGGCUUGUCGACCAUCGCUAGCGUUCUUCUUCUCGCUCGCACUCUUCUCCUUCAUCAACGCCCGAGGAUAGUUUAGAGCAGAAUCGUCCUUUAAGAGCUUUCAGGCCAGAUCUUUGGGUAGCGCCGCACAUACUUGAGCUGCUCAAGUUAAACAAGGAAUCCGAUCAGAAAGGGGAAAAAAAGGUGAUUUGAUUGGAACACUUCGAAGAAGUCGGAGUCGGCGGAAGCAGAGUGGAGGGAAGCUUCCACCAUGCUAAGGCAGCUAUGGCAGCGAGGGAGGGGGGAUCGCACGGGGGCGCGCUGCGCAAGUUGGGCGAUCCGGCGGCUGACAACGGCCGCUGAGGGUACGAUGCGCUCUGUGAGUGCGCAUGAGGAAGCGUUCUCCUCGCGCGCGGGCAGCGCGGGGGGGGAAUUGAGGCGGAAGAUGUGUACCGCGGCCGCGAUCCCGCAGAAUGCGCGGCAAUUGUGGACGGCGGGGUGCGCGUGCGGGGGCAGCAGCUCUCGCGCGGCUGUCAGUGGCGGCUCGGACAUGGGAAGGAAUCGGCAGCAGCAGCCGCGCGCACUGCUUCACUCCGAAUCCGCUGCCGCUGCUGCAGCGGUGGAGGAGGCCAAAGAACUGGUCGGUAUUAAAGUUGACGGCGUCGAGUAUAGGGUUCCGAAGGGCAUGACUCUGCUGCAAGCUUGUCGGGAUCUCGGCAUUUACAUCCCAGCGGUGUGUUACCACCCCGCUUUGAAACCUGUCGGGACUUGCCGUCUCUGUCUGGUCGACACCGGGGGUUGGAGGAUGGAGCCCGCGUGCACGAAAGAGGUGGCAGAGGGGUUGACAGUGCGGACUCACACGGACGAGGUUUUCGACACGGUGAAAGGGAACCUUGCGUUGAUGAGACUAAAGCAUCCGAAUGCCUGUUCUACGUGCUCUGUGAACAGUCGCUGCGAGUUUCAGGACCUUCUUCUUCGAUAUGGCGUGGAGGACCCACCUAUGUUGGAGAAGCAGAAGAGAGUCGAUCACCAUGUCGAGGAGGCGGGGAUCGCUCACGAGAAGGACGAGUCGUCGCCGGCGCUGUCCAUGGAUUUCGACAAGUGCAUCUUGUGUCUGCGAUGCGUGCGCGCGUGUAACGAAUUGCAAGGGAUGAAUAUCUUGGGCGCGACGGCGAGAGGAGAUCAUGAGACUGUGGCGCCAUUGUACGGGCUCCCGCUGGGGGAGACGUCGUGUCUGUCGUGCGGCCAGUGUGCGGCAGUAUGCCCGGUGGGAUCGAUCACAGAGAAGUCGCACGUGCGGCAAGUGGAGGAGUUGCUGCAAAUGAGGGAAGCGGAGAGUCUUCCGCCGCGCACGGAGAAGGACUGGGAUCAGGAGAUGCCCAAGACCCGUCUGCUCUGGGGGCCGAGGCAGAUGGUAUCGGCAUCGCAGGAGGUGCGUGCUAGCAGCAGCAGCAGCAGCAGCAGCGGCGGGGGUGGGGGGAGAGGAUACGCUACCACCAGCAGCAGCAGGAGCAGCAGUAGUAGUGCGGGGAGUGAGGCGGCGGCGGCGGCGGAGGCAACCGCUGCUGCGGCUGUGGCGCCGAGGACGGGGAAGAGGCCGGUAAUGGUGGCGCAGACAGCGCCGGCCGUGCGCGUGACGAUCGCCGAAGCUUUUGGCAUGGAGCCAGGCUCCAUCUCCACCGGACAUAUGGUCGCUGCCUUGAGGAAAUUGGGCUUCGAUUACGUUUUCGACACCAAUUUCUCCGCCGAUUUGACGAUCAUGGAGGAGGCCACGGAGCUCCUCGGCCGGGUGAAGAGCGGGGGACCCUUCCCCAUGUUCACCUCCUGCUGCCCCGGAUGGAUCAACAUGGUCGAGAAAACUUACCCGGAGCUGAUUCCGAAUUUAUCCUCUUGCAAAUCGCCGCAGCAAAUGCUGGGCGCGGUCGUGAAAUCGCAUUUCGCGGCCUCUGUAGGUCGGCAUCCCAGCGAAGUGAAGUUUGUCUCGGUCAUGCCGUGUGUAGCGAAGAAGGACGAGGCUGCGCGGAAGGAGAUGCACAACGAGGACCUGGGGGGUCCUGACGUAGACUACGUGCUCACCACGAGGGAGUUGGCCUCGCUCAUCGAGCGAGCGAGGCCAAGGAUCAAUUUCGCUUCGCUCAAGGAGGCUGAGUUUGACUCCCCGUUGGGUCAAUCUUCCGGCGCUGCUCUGUUGUUUGGAGUGACCGGAGGGGUGAUGGAGGCGGCGCUUCGUACGGCGGUUGCCGUCACGGCGCCGGCCGACGCGCCACCUAUGCCCAAGCUCGACUUCACGGAGGUGAGGGGUCUCGACGGCGUGAAAGAGGCCAACAUCGAUGUCAACGGUACCGAACUCAAGGUUGCAAUCGCGCAUGGUGGGGUUCAUUUGCGCAGCUUGGUGGAAGACAUUCUGGCAGGCAAACGCACCUAUCAUUUCGUUGAGAUGAUGGCCUGCAGGGGUGGGUGUAUUGGCGGCGCCGGCAAUCCCAAGGACUCUGUGGACGAGAAACUUCUUCAGCACCGCGCGCAGGCAAUCUACAAGGGAGACGAGGCAUCGGCGAUCCGAAUGAGUCACGAAAACAAGGAGAUCGCUCAACUGUACGAGCAAUUCUUUGGAGAGCCGAACAGUCACAAAGCGCACAAAUUGCUGCACACCCAUUACACGCCUAGAAAGGUGCAUAAAUCUGGCGAGAUUGAUCGGUUCUCUGAAUAUUCGCCGGAGGGUCCAUCGGAACUUUGCAAGUUUUAGAUAGUAGGGAUAGGGAUAGGGAUAGGGAAGUUUCUUUGGCGGGGGG